AUGCCUCCCAAAGCUCAACAGAAGCGACGACUCUUGGAGGAGACGACAGAGCCCCUGGCUGGAAAGAUCAUAUUCGUUCCACCGAAGAACCGGAUGACCGCUCGCCUAAAGCCCGACUUGGAGAGGACAGGCUACAACCAUCCCGGCGUGAUCGUCUCCUCGCGGCCUGAUGGUGUUGGCCGUGUGAAGAUAGCCAUGUUGACGUCUUUUAAGGACACGCCCGUCGCCUACGUCCUCGACCGCGAGGAGGACUACGCCCAUUACCUACCCAUCGACGACGCCCUCCACCCCAUAUCGUCCAUACGGCGUCUGAAGAGGCGUCCCGAAUGCCCCUCGUUGCGGAAGAAGUCGUACGUAUACAUCGGAGAAAAACAUACCAUCCCCUACACGUCCCUCGAGCCAUACGGCCGUUCAUCUCGAUAUUCGGCGGGCCCGUGGCUAUGCCAAGGGUCAGUCCGAAUACUGCAGUCACACUUCGGCGAGCCACUCGACGACGACAAUGACGACGACAUCAGCUGCACCGACACUAGCGACGGUGAAUGUGAUCUCGGUGAAGGAGAUCUUGGUGAGGGGAAACUUGACGGAUGGCAAAUUGAUGUAGAACUGGAUUCAGUCUCCAUCGGGCAAAGUAACCCGUUACCCUUGCAGCUUACUCUUGUUGCUGGACCCUCGGCAGCUUCGAUGCUGGGGUCCGAAGGCUCAUCUUCGAACCCGCCUACGCCUAAAGAGCGAUCACUCUCAAUCUCACGGCUCUCCUCUUCAUCUUUAUCGUUCUCUGAGUUUCCGCCGUACUGCGACGAAUACAUCACCUUUCAUCAGCCCCAGCAUGCCGUGUCGCCUUCGCUUCCAACAGCACGGGUUGACUAUGCCACCAAACAGAUUCAAACUCCACCCAAGGGAUUGGUCACAAAUUCUUACUUAUUGUUGAUCAUCAUAACAAUCAUCGCUUUUGGCCCUCGACUUGUCGGAGGCGGCUGCGGUGAGUAA